AUGAAACAAUCGUCAGAAAUAUCGUCAUUACCAUCGAUGGCACGAUCGUCUCACAUUAUGAUCGAUUUCGAAAAACUUGUCAGCGAACGUUUAGCGAGUCAUACAGAUUUUUACAAUAGUUCGCCGUCUGUAUGUAAUAUGAGUGCUCCACUAACUUCUGAACAACGGCAAAACUUCGAUCAAAUUCGGCAAUUUCUUAUUGAAUCACGCGAAAAGUUCAAACCAUAUCCAGAAGACUAUUUCCAUGGCCGAGGGAUUGUGCUAACCAUAGGGAAAUUUCAAAUCCCAUAUGCGAAAGUCAAUCUGAAAAUGAUUCAAUUUACUGGAACUGUUUUGCCUGUACAGAUAUGGUAUUCAUCAUUAGAAAUUUCGAACGAUAUGAUAAUUGACCUACUCGAGUACGUACCGAAGCUCAGUGUAAGUGCUUGUUGUUUCGAAUCGACUCAAUGUCAAACUCUCGAUACGCUGUGGCAACUUAAUCCAACUUAUGUCUUUUCGCCUCAUAUGAGUGGAACUCUACUGAAAAACUUUCCAUACAAACCAGCUGCUAUUAUCAGUGCUACUUUUGCUGAAGUUCUCUUUCUUGAUUGUGAUUCAUACUUAGCUCGUGAUCCCGAAUAUCUAUUUCAAUUCGAUCCAAUGUAUGUGAAAUUUGGCGCUCUCUUCUUUCCUGAUGCUAUGACCAGUCGACAACAUAUAUCUAUCUGGAAUUUGCUCAACACAACAUGUGCUCAUAAUGAACUUGAACUUGAUAGUUCGGCAAUUUUAGUUGAUAAGAGACGAGUAUGGAAAGGUUUAUAUUUAACCAAAUUAAUGAAUGAUAAACAUACCCUUUUCUAUCAACACACCGACGGUGAUAAGGAUACAUUUCGUUUGGCUUUUCGAUUCAUGCACAUUCCAUAUUAUUUAGUUGGAAUACCUUGCAGCACGGGACGUUUUAAUGGUGCCCAUUUUUGUGGCUUAUCAUUAUGUAAAACGGAUAGUCUCGGGAGAUACAUAUUCAUCAAGUAUGAUAAAACAGUCUUGUCUAUUACUAAUAUGAUGUACUUUUGUAAUGAGAAUAGUCAUAUACAUCUACUCAAGUACGUGUGGGUAAGCUAUUCAUCGAGAAAUCUUGCCUAUACACGAAUUGCUCUUUGUGAUCCAUACAAUCGUUCGUUCUCGUUUCAAUUCUGUCAAUUAUCCCAAUUGACUCCACAGUGUUUUCAUAUUUUCGCUCCGGAUAAUCGACAACGAGCAUCAAGCAAAUGCUAUACAGGAAGAAUUCCACAGAAUGAAAUCGAGAAUUAUAUCUACGCACCAGGCGAAUCACUCGUAUCAGAAUCAAUCAACAGUAACCGGGUCUUAAUCAGUGAAACCAGCAGUUUAAUACCCGGUUUUAUCACACAUUUUCUCCACUAUCGACAAGAAGUGCUUGAGCGAGAGGCAAGUACUUUAACACAAUCUUUUCCACAUUGA